UGUCUUUUCAGUUUUGUUCUUGGAGUCAUCGCGUUUAGUUAUUCAAAAAAUCAACACUUCGCGUUCAGUAGCAAAUCUAGAGUGUGCUUAAAUAGUAAAUUAGACACAUACAAAAUUAUUAAAAUUCUUCCUUUGAAAUUACAAAUCGCGAUCAAAUAAAACGUGAAACGUUUAACAAACUACAAAAAUUAAUUGGAAAAACGUGUCACAAUCGCAAACAAACAAACAAAUAGUACAGACUUUAAGUACCCGCAUAUAAAAUUUUAAUAAUUGUGAAUUCAACAGUAAAAAUAUAUGAAUUGGUUAAAAUAAAAAUUUUAAAACGCUCUCAACAAAAAGGAAGUGUGCAAUAAUUUAUUUACGUUUAAUAAAUCAGUUUGCGUUUAAAACCACAACAACUUUAUAAAUAAUUGUGUGUGAUCGGUGAAUUUUCAUUAAUCAAGCCAUAGGAAAAGCACCGUUUAUUCUUAAAUAAAAAGUAUAUCCUAUAUUACUUUAAAAACAGUAAAACAAAAACAAAAAAACAGCUUAAAAAUGAGUCUGUGUGAUACCAACACCGUUACCAUUCAAGCCACCCCCCAACAACAGCAUCAGAGUACACAGAGCAUAGCCGAUUACUUGGCACAAUUGCUGAAGGAUCGCAAACAAAUGGCAGCUUUUCCAAACGUAUUUAAUCAUGUGGAACGUCUGCUCGAUGAAGAAAUCGCGCGAGUACGUGCCUCACUAUUUCAAAUAAAUGGCGUCAAGAAGGAACCACUCACGCUGCCAGAGCCCGAGGGCGCCCCUGUACAGUUAAAUGAGAAAGUCUAUGUGCCAGUUCGAGAACAUCCAGAUUUCAACUUCGUUGGCAGAAUUUUGGGCCCACGCGGCAUGACAGCUAAGCAAUUAGAACAAGAGACUGGUUGUAAGAUAAUGGUUCGAGGCAAAGGCUCGAUGAGAGAUAAAAAGAAGGAGGACGCAAAUCGUGGCAAACCCAACUGGGAACACUUGUCCGAUGAUCUGCAUGUGUUGAUCACUGUGGAGGAUACAGAGAAUCGUGCCAAAGUCAAAUUAGCUCAGGCCGUUGCCGAAGUGCAAAAGCUACUCGUACCGCAAGCUGAAGGCGAAGAUGAACUUAAAAAACGUCAACUCAUGGAAUUAGCUAUAAUUAAUGGCACUUAUAGGGAUACGUCGGCGAAAAAUGCCAUACCAGCCUGCGAGGAGGAAUGGCGUCGUGUGAUUGCUGCAUCUGAGAGCCGCCUCUUGGCGCCAGCAUUGCCCGGUUUAGCACCACAGAUACGCGCACCACAGGCCACCACACUGGGCGCACCCUUGAUACUCUCACAACGCAUGACCGUGCCGACCACAGCGGCGAGCAUACUGUCCGGCCAAGCUGCGCCCGCCGCCUUCGAGAAUCCCGCACACGGCAUGAUUUUCACACCGUACGGCGAUUAUGCGAAUUACGCUGCACUUGCUGCCGGCAAUCCCUUGCUGACGGAAUACACAGAUCAUAGCGCUAACAACUGUUUAUACAAUACAACAACAGCGCCACAAUUCUACAUCCCCACCUAUGAUUACAUACGCCUGCCACAUAACAGCCACAUAAUGCACGCGAAUAUUGGCAGAAAAUAUUCGAGCGCUUCAUCGUCGGUGUCCAACACCACAUCGGCAUCCUCGUCGUUUAUGCCGGUGGGUUGAAUUCGUGUUAAUGAGGAGCGUGUGCGAGUGUCAGCCGGUGAUGUGUGGCGCAGCAAGCAAGCAAGCAAUCAGUCAACUGAACAAACAGUCAAUUAAGCCACCUAAUAUCAUGUGUCUGCGUUGGCUUUCACCACACACACACAGAGAGACACGAGCGAGGAAUACCUUUGAGGGACGUAAUUGGUAGCGGCAUAACUGAAUUUGCAAUGUAACAAACCGGAAUUAAAUUGUACUCACCAUGUGGUCGCUCAUACAAAUAUAUACACUACUCGCAACCGAUUUUGGACAGUUGAUUUCUGAUGCUGCAUCUAAAGCUGCGUUUGCCGCGAAUUUCAGUUAUUGUACCGUAUAUAACAGUACAAUACCGUUUAGAAUUUACAACAAACAGUCAAACUUAGACAAAAAGCUAUUUUUUUUAAUUUUAAAGCCUUAUCGUGAACAUGUAGAUUCUUUAAAGUUCGAAUUAACCGCAAACAACUGUAUUUUACAUAACAGAAACUUAAAAAGUGCCACCCUGUAUUAUUGUAGGGUAUUGUAUCGUAUUGAAGGUGUAAAUACAAAUCAUUGUGAGCCAUAACUUUCACUAUAACAAAUCUAAGCUGCGAACAAAAAUAAAGUACUGCUCAAAUCAAGUCUCAUGCGAAUCUCAAAAAUUUCAUUUCUAAAAGAAUCUUAAAUUUACAGCCUUUUCUAUAUACUUUUCUAGCAAAACAAAAUUAAUUUUUAAGUAAAGCUUUUUAUGGCAAAGCAUUGUUUAAGUGUAAACAAAUAUUAUUUAAAAUAAUUAUUGAUAAACAACAGCUGUAAAAUGCAACAAAAACAAAAGAGAUAAAAAGAGAAAGGAUAUAUGCAUAUUAUAGUCAUUCUAGCCAAUCAAGUUACAACACAUUUUAUAAACAAAAAAAACAGUUUUUAAGCAGAAAAUUGCUUAAUCGAAAAGCUUUUAAAAGCAAUUUUAUAUAUAACUAACUAGUUUAACGAGAAAUCAAAUUUUUUUAUGAAACUAAAAAAUACUAUGGACAACUACAACCAGCAAAAACAAAAAAAAAAAAAAGCGUUCAUAUCAAACAAGAAAAGAAGCCAUAUUUAGUUUGUAUAAGAGCAUAAAUUAAUUGUAGGCAUAAUUUAUUUACAAUUAACAGUUAAAUAUUAUUAUAUUCUUUUGCAACUAUAAUUAAUGAUGUUAUGCUUAAUAAUAAUCACCAAUCAAUCACUAAACGCACACAACUACAUUAAAUACAUUUUUUUAAUUUUAAUUAAAUUAGUAAGCAUAAAAACAAACGUUGCAGUUAAACUUAUAAUGAAUGAAAUUAACCGUAAAGGUUUUCAAGAGAAAAACAGAAAAAAAAAAUAUUUAAAAAAAAAUUAUGUAAAGCGAAGAAAAAAAUAAUGCAGCGCAAAUUAUGCUGAUUAUGUGGCCAAACUGAAGUUUUUGCUUCGGAUUUCAUUUAUAAAUUUAUUUAUAAUACAAAUUACUAAUAAAAAGUUUGUAAAAAAUAUUGCUAAUUUUAAAAUGUUGUAUGUUAAAAAAAAACAGUGUGUUUUUUGUAGUAAACAUUACAGCAAAAUUUAAUUAAUUAAAUAUUAUUAAAUAAAUUAAUAAUUAAUAAAUAUGCUAAGCAUAAUUAUGGAAGCCAUGCAGUUUAUAAUUCACUUCACAGUUGUGUUUUUGUUUGUUUUUUUUUUGUUUUUUUUUUUUUUUUUGUUUUUUUUUUUUUUGCUAUAAAGCAUGCUUUUGGGAUUACGACAUUUGGAAUAAUUGCAAUUUAAAAAAUUUUAAAUAAAAUUUAAAUAUAAAUUUGAAAUUUAAAAAGUAUUUUGAAACACUUUACCACUUUCAUAAUAUUAUAACCACACUUUUAAGCAAAAAUUUAAUAACAGUUAUCUACCAAUUGCUUUUAAAAGCAACCACGUUUUACUUAUUGCCUUAAAAUACCAUUAAUAAUUACAGAAAAUUAAUUUUUGAAAUCAGCAGUGUGUUUUCUUCAAACAUUUUCAUACAAAUUAUGCACUUAUUUGACGUACACUUGCUAUGAAAGCUCUAAAGUAAUUUGAAUUUACAUGCAAUCACUCAGCGUUAUGCAGAAAUUGGCAAAAUUACGAUACCUCGAUUUACUCUAGAGUAUAUGCUUGUGAAAUUGCAAUUAUUUCAUUUGAUGUAACCACAAACGUGUGUCCUAAAAGCAUGCCACAGCUCUUCUAAAGUCCCGCAAGCAGCCAGCAAGCGACUGCACAAAUUACAGUAAAUUAACGGAAUUUUUCAAGCUGCAGCCAUUGCAUGUGUAAUUGCGAACUUAUUAAUUAGCGAGUAAAUGCGAAUCGAUUGUGCCUUUGAAUAAAUACAUAUAUAGUAUAUUUAUGCAACAUACAUAUGAAUAUGUUGAGAAACAUACCUAUAUUAUAUAAAUGUACGAGAGCAGAGCAGCACUCAAAGCUGAUAUCAUAACUUUGCAAGCAAUUAAAAUGCAAAAAUACAUACAGACAUAUAGUAGCAAUGUUAAUUUACUUUAGAAAAUCUUCCGUCUAAAUGCAGCGCGCCCGCAAAUAUCAUGAAUUUUUUGCUUUAAUUAUUGUGAAGAAAAAACAUUUUAUUGUAUAACAACUAAUGCAGAUUACAAUAAAAAUAAAAAAAAAUAUUUUAUAUAUAAAAUAUAAUAGUUAAUCGUAUGCGUAAAUCGUUUGCUAUUGGCCACACACACACACAAAUGUUUUUUUUUUUUCAAUUAGCUGUAAUUUAAUGGAAAUUAUUAAACUGUAGUGUGCGAGAGCUAAAAAGCAUUGUAAUUAAACAAAUAAUGAUAAUACUAUUAUUAAUUAAA